AUGGCUCCCAAGAUCCUAGUGAUCCUUCUCCUCCUCGUCGCGGCCUCGCCCGCGGCUCUGGCUGCCUUCGACGUGAUCCAGAUGCUGGCCGACAAGCCCAGGUACGCCACGUUCUCGAAGCUGCUGCAGCAAACCAAGGUUGCGGGAGAGGCGAACCAGCUCCGGGCGGCGACGCUGCUGGUCGUCCCCGACAAAUUGGUCAAGUCCCUGGCGUCGCUGCCCGAUGAUAAGCUAGGGCCGGCGGUCGCGAACCACGUCCUUCUCAGUUACUUCGACCCCAUCAAGCUGGACGAGAUGAAGACGCGCACUGCCAUCCUCCCCACGCUGCUCUCCAACACCGACAAGAAACUCGGCGUCCUCAACUACUCCAGGGCUGACGACGGGCAGAUGUACUUUGGCGCGCCCGGCGCCUCCUGCGUAGCCAAGCUCGUCAAGGUCGUCGCAGCGCGCCCUUACUCCGUGUCCAUCAUGGAGGUCAGCGAGCCCAUUUUGCCGGCCGGGUUCAUGACCUCCACAGUCGCGGCGCCCAGGCGCCGCGGCAAGGGUGGUAAGGGCACGAUCCAGCCGUCAGCGGCGGGGCUUGAGGAUUCCAAGAUGGUCGUCCGCAAGCCCGGCGAAGGAGUGUCGGGUAAAGUGUCGUCUAAGGAUACCGGGUCCAAGUCAGCUGCUCCAAGCCCCGCACCUUAUUAG